AUGGACAGAGUCCAAUGUAUCUCCAAAGUGAUAACCUUCCUGUCUUAUGAAGAACAUCUGGGCAUCAUCCUGGUCUCUUUUGCCCUACUCUUCUUCCUAACCACAGGCCUUGUCUUAAUCAUCUUCAUUCAAUACUUAGAAACUCCCCUUGUCAAAGCCAAUAACCGGGACCUCUCUUACAUUCUCCUGGUCUCCCUCCUGCUUUGCUUCUUGUCUCCUUUUCUCUUCUUUGGUCAACCAAGGAAAGCCACCUGCCUUCUCCGACAAACGGUGUUCAGCAUCAUCUUCUCAGUUGCCGUUUCUUCUCUCUUGGCCAAAACCAUCACAGUGGUGCUGGCUUUCCGGGCCACAAAACCAGGAAACCAAGUGAAGAGAUGGUUGGGGAAGAGUUUGGCCAACUCCAUCAUCUUUUCUUGUUCUACAGUCCAAAUUAUCAUCUGCUCCAUCUGGCUGGGAGUUUCUCCCCCAUUUCCUGACUCUGACCUCUAUUCCCAGCCUGGAGAGAUCAUCCUGCAAUGCAACGAAGAGGCUGUUGUCAUGUUCUAUGUCACCCUCAGCUACAUGGGCUUCCUGGCUGCCAUCUGCUUCACAGUGGCUUUCCUGUCCAGGAAUCUUCCUGGGGCCUUCAACGAAGCCAAGCUGAUCACCUUCAGCAUGCUGAACCCCCCACCUCUGCUCAUCAAGGGGAAAAGGAUCCAGCCAUACACCACAGGGACGGGGAUGCCCAGAGACAGGCUCGGAGUGGCGAAACCCUGGUAA